CGGAAGGGUAAUAACAAUUACAGGGAAAUGCAUAGAACAGUACUGGAACUUUUACAAUAACAAACAAAUAAACACAACAACAAUAAUUCCGUUUCUCCCCUACCAUAGUUCGUACUCCCAGCAUCCUCUGCUGCACAUUAACCAAAUGUAGGGGACUGGCUCCGGGCACAGCGCCCUAUUCGCCGACAGCUGGCAACGGCGAGUCAGUCCAGCCGUGCCCGUUACAGUAUGUUUUAAGACCGGACGUGCGUACAUACAUACAGUAGGCAGUCCAUAGAUGGUUGGUCCGGAAGGAUGGACGGAACUUGAAUGUUUCAGAGAGGAAUGAAGUCGUCGGGUCCGUGAUUAAGUUGAAGCAGUGUACUAGACAGGGAGAGUUUUCCACAGAAGAACAUGUGUUUAAGCCUCUCUGUGACGUGACAAGGGACACACAUGUCAGCGACUACCUGAAGGUUCGUUGAUCUAGGUCCACACCAUAGCUUUGAACAAGAGACGACACAGACAACCAGUUGCACGAUCCGGAGCUGUAGCGAAAGCAAGCAUAAACCCGGACAUCACUUUCACCCCUGCAUUUCAUGGAGAACUGUAUUACACCACUUGCACGUAUUCACUAUCACUAAGAACUGUGUUUGUGUUUUGUGUUUAGUGUUGGUGUGUAAAACUGGACUUUUGAUUACGGGUCAAACCCGGGGAAUUACAAAUACCGAGUGAUACACACCGCUGUAUCACGCCAACAUUAUUAUUUAGAGGUGUUUGCCAUAAGGAUCUGGACAUUGUUAAUUAAAUCAAUAAACACCCUUGCACCUGGAAAUCAUUGUCUGUCUGUUUUGUAUCCGCUCUACACUGCACUCACCUGUAUUCACUCACCACUUUGCCACAACCAGUUAAACAGCAUGCGUACCGCACAUCACCGACAAGCAGCAAAAAAAUGACAACCAAGUUUCUAAAUUACUAGAGGUGUUGUUGAGGAAAGCUGUAGUCCAUGGGCUUCCCCUGUUGUGCUUGUUAAGAAGAAGGACGGCAGCUGGAGAGUUUGCGUGGACGACCACAAGCUGAAUAGCAUCACAGUCAAGGACUCGCACCUUCUACCUCAUGUGGAUGACACGCUUGAUGCCCUGGCAGGCUCCAGUACUCUGGAUUUUUUGAAUGACUACUGCCAGGUGGAGGUUGCUGAGGAGGAUCGUGAAAAAACAGCAUUUACAACUGGAAGGGGACUCUGUCAGUUCCAUGCCAUGCCCAUGGGUCUUACCAACGCACCAGCGACCUUCCAACAUUUAAUGGAGCUGGUGCUGCGGGGGCUCCCAUGGCAGUUGUGUAUGGUUUAUUUGGAUGAUAUCUUCAUUUUCAGCAAGACCUGUAAUGACCAUCUAUCCCACCUGAACAAAGUCUUUUCCAGAAUUCAAAGCAGUGGACUGAAGCUUAACUCAAAAAAGUGCUACAUGCUUGUGACCAUGUUGUGUUUUUUAGGACAUGUCAUUUCACGACAGGGUCUCCAACCUGAUUCACGAAACACAUAGCAGGUCAAGGAAUGGUGUACACCACGCACCGUGACUGAGGUGUGUGACUUCCUUGGCUUAUGUUCGUACAACAUGCUACACCUCUACAUCACCUCACAGGGAAGAACAUCCCAUUCCAGUGGACAAGUGAGUGUAAAUCUGCUUUUAAUUACCUUCACAAUGUGCUGUCUACAGAACCUAUCAUCACUUUGCCAGACUUCAGCCAGCUAUUCCUUGUCUACACUGAUGCGUCCCAGACUGCUGUAGGUGCUGUGUUAGCGCAAAUGCAAAAUGGCCUUGAGAAAGUAGUGGCGUGUGCUAGCCAUGCCCUUACAGUGGCCGAAGGACGAUGGUCUACAUACGACAGAGAACUGUGGGCUGUAGUGUGGGCCGUUUGUCAAUUUAGACAGUAUCUUGGUUUGCAUCCUUUUUCCAUAGUCACAGACCGCAAACCCUUGUUGGGACUGAGACGCAUUCCUAUCAACAAUGACCGAACAGGACACCACAGUAGAUGGGCCUUAGAACUAGAUCCAUAUGAUUGGGUUGUAGUCACAGGGUAGGUCACAAACACGCUAAUGAGAAUGCUCUCUCCCGCAGACCUCCAGUCGUGUCAGCCAUCUUUAACUGUGAAAUUCAAGUCAGCACAAAAUCAGAAAACAGUAGUCAGCAUGUCAGUGACUGCAGUAACCACUUGCUUGUGCACUGCAAAAUUAUCAAAUUGACCCUCAGUCAACUGCAGAGGUGGACCACGACCUGAACAGCUCCCACCAGCCCUCACAGUGCUCCACUGGAAUGCAGACUGGUGGUAUUAGCAAGGUGAGUACACCUACGGAUGCAGCUGCCCAUCAAAACUUGAUCUACUCCUUGUCUCACGAUGGCAGACCCGUAUUUGGCAGGGAUAGGAAUUAACCCCCUCCCUGCCAAUCACCACCAACACAAAAUAUUUACAGGUAAGCAUCAUAGUUGGUUACUCUACUUGUUUUUCUUCCUUCCUGGUAGUACUUCACUUUACAGCUGAACAUGUUGUGUAAUGUUCCAUUGUUCUUAUGAUCUCACCUACUAUUGGCUGUGUAACAGGUUGCUUCAAGUUACAAACUGCACCCACAUUUGAUAUUUUCAAUGAUUUGUACAGUAACAACCGUUAGACUCUCUGAACCUCUGCUCCUCUUCAAUCAUCACAGUGCUGCUGCUUACUAAAUGUUUGAAGCUAUAUGAACAAAUAACUUUUUUUCAGUUUUAGGAACCAGUUAAUUCAAUACCUGUUCACUUACAAUGCCUGCAGUCAAUCUGAAUGCACAGGGCGGGUUUCUACAGAGGUCUUGCAAGCUGUUUGAAUUGUUUUGUAUGCUCUGUAUUUUCGUCGUCUUCAUAUAUUAUUUGGAUGCUUUCAAAGUCAUUUCAAAUAGUAAUCCUACAUUGAACUGUACCUCCAAAGAGGACAAGGUACCUGUACUGGAGGAUCUUGAGAAGUGUCCUGAAACAUCGCCACUUCUAGUGGGCCCACUUGAAAUUGAGUUUUCACAGCCAGUUGACUUGGAGGAUGUCAAGAAACAGAAUCCAGCACUACAAUUAGGAGGACGGUUUACCCCAGAGGACUGUAAAGCUCUUCAGAAAGUGGCUGUCAUUAUUCCAUUCCGAAACCGCGAGGAACAUCUGAAGUACUGGCUGUACUAUCUUCAUCCCAUUCUGCAGCGGCAGCAGCUUGAUUAUGGUGUUUAUUUGAUACAUCAGAAAGGCGAUGAAACUUUCAAUCGGGCUAAGCUACUGAAUGUGGGCUAUGCUGAGGCUUUGAAAGAAUAUGAUUAUGAUUGCUUUGUGUUCAGUGAUGUGGACUUGAUCCCAAUGGACGAUCGCAACAUCUACAAGUGUUUUAGUCAGCCAAGACAUCUCUCUGUAUCUAUGGAUAAAUUUGACUUCAGUUUGCCGUAUGAACAGUACUUUGGAGGUGUAUCUUCAUUAAGCAAGGAGCAGUUUCAAAAGAUCAAUGGCUUCCCCAACAACUACUGGGGGUGGGGAGGUGAAGAUGAUGAUAUUUACAACAGGCUUUCCUUUCGUGGUAUGACCAUAUCUCGCCCAGAUGCUAUUACUGGAAAAUAUCGAAUGAUCCAUCAUAACAGAGACACGAAAAAUGAACCUAAUCCAGAGAGGUUUGACAGAAUGGCAAACACAAGGAUGAUGAUAGAUAGAGAUGGCAUAAAUUCCCUGUCUUACGAGGUGGUUGAAGUUAAAAAGAACUUUUUAUUUACAGAAAUACAGGUGGACAUUGGCACACCAAGCUGAUUGGUACUAUACUGUAGAUUCAAGAACUUCACUGUGCCUUAAGAAAAUAUUGUUUAUUACCAGCAUUUAUAAGAUGGAGAAAAGUGGGUGAAGUCUUAGUAUAGGGCACCAGUAACACAUCAGGCAAAGUCAUUCCAUAGUACACAAAACUUGUGUCUUAUACAGGAGUCCUGUUCUGUAAGCGCUCUUGACAUUUUUUUGAAAACAAUGAAUCGGACCAUAUAAAAGUCAGGUAAGGAACUUGUAAAAGGAAAUUAGUAAACAUAUUACAAAGGCUUAUAUUGUACUCUCCUUUGCCAAACAACAUUCUCUGAAGUCCAUUGUUGUGUUGCUGUUGAUCUGUUUUGAUUUCCAGACUUUAUAAUGUCUAUUUCUUCUGUGCAAUAAGUUCACUUGCAGUGAUGCAAGUAAUCAAUGGACAACAUGGGAAAAUUAAUUUUGAAAAAACAAGUCAGCAAGACAAGAUUUUUCAAUAAUACUAAUAUUUGAUUGUUAUACAGUAAUUACUGUUUCACUAAAGGAUCAGGACUAUAUUUAUUGUGGAAUAUGGAGCAUCCUGGGAGGGAAGACCAUUCACCAGAGAAAUACAUUGAGCACAUCUUGCUGAUGCAGAAACGUUUAAUGGCCUGUGUUUAAUGUUAUUACACUUAUUAAUUAGUGUCUGUAAGAUAUGAAUGAAUAGACUACCAAGUAUAAACCCAAUUUAUUACUUAACACAGAAUGUAGAAUUAGAGGGGUCAAAGGAACUAAAAAUAUGUUCAGAACAGAUGGUACAGUGGAAAGUACUUUUUCACACAGAUAAGAAAAAAAAAAUUAUUGUAAUACAUUACCAGUUGGAAGUUGUAACAAGCAGAACAAUACAUAAAAAAAAAAAUUGCUUUGACUCCAUAAUCAGCCUCUCCUCCUUUCUAUCAUUUAUUUGAUCUCAUUAGUUUGAGAUAGGUGGCAUAAAAAGUGGUCAUGGUUAUGAAGCUUCAUGAGUCAUAUAUAACUUUCAGUAACUGUUUCCCUAGUCAUAAAUAAAUAAACGCAAAUUCCCCUUUCUGUAACACAGUCUUUAAUGGCUUCUAUAAUGUAAGAGCUUGCCCUACCCACCUGUACAAACUCAUACAGAAUGGCUGUCAGUUUGUUUGAAGUUCCAACUGAAAUCCUGUUCUGGUUCAUUUCCCCCAGAGCUUUACAAACCAUUGACAUAGAACUUGCCCCACUUUUUAGCUGCAGUAUAAAAAUAUCCCCACUCUCCUGAAAAAAACACGAAUGUAUAUUCUUAAGAUGGACAGGUACUUUGUAUAUCUAUAUGUUAAAACAAGUUUGCUUUAUUUAAUUGUUUUAUUUAAUCUUACAGAAAUGCAAUAUGAAUAUGUAACAGUGCAGCUGAUCCACAUAAAGGCACGCUAAUAACUCUGUCAUAAAGAGAAACUAACCAUGUAGGAAUCUGAGCUUCAAUAUAAUGUAAUUAUUGAAACUAUCCAAAGGUAAGACAUUCCUGUACAAUCCUGUAAAACAAUGCUUCAGGUCCUGAACUGCAAAUACACCACAAAAAAAUAGCAAAGGUAGAGAAAGCCAUAUUGCUUAUUUUUCUAAUUAUAUUCGCUAGACAGAUCCUGGGAUGGAUUUUAAAAUACUGUUGUAUUUAGUUUCUUUUGGUACAAAUUGAUUCACAAAGCUAUUUACUCUAAAUCAUCCACACCCAAUAAAGUUACCGAACCUGAAAGAAACACUAAACAUUGAAUUUAGUGGCUUGUAAUCGCUCUAUAGUUUUUUCUUAACUGUUUCUGUAAUUUGUGGGGUUUUUUUUUUUCAUUUAUAAAAAAAUGUUAAUGACAAUUUGGAGUAAAUAAAAGAUUGGA